GCGGCCACACGGUUCCGCUCGGGGACGAGCUCUGUGACGCGGACGUGAUGCGCGUGACCGGCGGUGUCACCUCGUGAACGCGCAAGAGCAGCAAUGGCCGCUUUGGAUCGGCGAAAUCCUAAUCUGGACGAUUUUGUCGGAUUAAACUGGAGUUGUUGGGUAGAUAGGGUGAAUAUUUCCCCAUCAGACGCUGGGUCUCAUGCUGAGGACAGCAGCAAGUGUGAGAGGGACGGCCCUGAGACAAUGACCCUCAGGAGAGAAGAUAUGCACAUAUAUGGCCACUGCCCAGCACAUGAUGAGAUCUAUCUGGUGGUGUGCAGCCACUGUGGGCAGGUGGUGAAGCCUCAAGCCUUUGAGAAGCACUGUGAGAGGCGGCACGGUCUUCUUACCAAGAUGUGCAGCCAGUCAUCUACCUUGGCUCCACAGCAGCGUCCGCGCCCCGGCCGCCCGCUUUCAAACCUUUCCCCCGCUAGAGAGAGGCAGAAGGAUGGCAGAUGUCAUGAAACCAGCGGCCCCUCCUCAGCUGUGUUACCAGUCCACCAGCACAGGCCUAACAAGGCCCAGAGGGAGGCAGUGAGUCUUCCUCCAGUGGAGAAGUUCCCUGAGGAGAAUCCUUCCCUCCCACAACCGUCCUCCUCCACACCUCGACCCAGGGUUCCUCCGUGGCACUCGGGGCCGCUGCCCCCUGGCCACUGUUCUUCCUCCACCUCUCCGUCAGAGAGACCCUCUGCGCAGAAGCCCACAGCUGGCCAGUCCAGUGAGUCUCACAGUCCUCUGCGGGGGACAAGAACCUACAGCCGGAUCUCCAAAACACUCGACAAGAAAGAAUGUGACCUGAACAAACACUGCCGUGUUCUGGAUCCAGAAAGGAAGAAGCUGUGCAGCCGGGAGCUUAUAUGCAAUACUGACUCCAUCCACCAGCAGCAGAAGGCAAUGGGGAAGACUAAGAGCUUUGAUCAGUUGGCAGCGGAGAAGAGAACAGCCUCAGCAGGUCGAGAUAUGGAGCAGCUUCUCGUCAAAUCAAAAGACAAGGAGCAACAUUUGGAAGCUUUUGAAGAGAAGACAACAACUCAGGGCAGCAAAUAUAACUCCAGCAGCAACUGUCACAUUCUCAGGUCCGGAGAUCCAUCGAAAAGCUUUCCAGAGGAGGAGGUCAACAGCACCAUGAAAGUGGAGGUACAACCUCCAUAUCCCUUCAACCAGACUCUGGUGUCGAGCGAGGACAGUGAAAACGACGAGCAAGAGGAAGCCUCAGACCUGCCUGCUGCACCCUGGCACCCCAAACCUCUCGGGCUAUGCACUUUUGGAUGCCGCACACUGGGCUGCAGCAUCUUCACCUUUGACCGCCGUUGGCACCACUUGCGGUUUGCCCUCAGUGCCAUGUUGGAGCAGCAUGUCAACACACACUUGUGGAAGAAAAUGCCUCAAGUCUCAUCAGGUCUCAGGUCCCAUCAUGUCACACCUCCAACUGUAGGAUCACCUGUCAGGAGUGGAGCCAAACCCUCCAAAUCCACUGGCUCCCUCAGCCUUGAGUCUACCUCACUGGGACAAAUGGAAACCAAAAGCAGUCAGCACAGUGCUCACAGUACCAAACCGCCUUCUUCCACUGCGUCUGCAAACAUGGGGCCCGGUCGACGGCGCAACCCUGGCAAGGCUCGCCAGACCAAUGCAAGCGUUGCACAGAAAGCUGAAAAGCUGUCACACAGCGCUGAGGACAAAUCCCCCAAAUACAUCAGGGAACCCCCACUCCAUGAGAAGUGCCAGCCACACGUGCCCUCCUCUCAGGGACCAGUAAAUGGUACGUUCUCACACAGAAAGAAGCCAUGUCCUCCUCUCCAGCGCUCCCCCCGCAGCAGAGGGAAGCCCCCAGGGGUCCAGCAGCAGCUGGUGGGUUAUGACCAUGGGGGUCAUGCCCAAAAACGCAAAGGCACCAAUGAGUCAGUGCCUCUCGGCUCUAAGUGUCAGCGUUUGUCCUCCACUUCCCGUUCCAGCCUCCUCACCUGGAAAGGAGAGAAUAUUGAGAAAGUGUUCGGCUGGGGCCUGGAGAGAAGAACCGACUCCUGAAGAGUGAGUAGACUAGCAAGCCAAGCCAAUAAUGAAGCCCGCCUUAAAAUGAGCACUUGAAGAAGAGGGUUGCUGCAGCUGCCACCGCCAACAUAGCAUGCCUGUGUGAAUGUGUGUGUGUGUGUACGUACUGUACUAUUCUGACCACAUUUGUUUAUGUCCUCAUGUUUUUAUGCACAGACAUCAGGAAUAAGUAUUUGUCUGAAUAUUAUCGCAUGUGUGUAUUUUUGCAAGAUGUCUAUUUUUUUACUCAACGUCUCAGUUUGUUUUCUGUGUAAUGUAAAAAAAAAAAAAGAUUACCUCAAUCUACUUGUCAUGCUGCUAAAAUUAAAAGUCAUUUAAUAGCAAAACAAUAAAAACAUUCUUGAAUCUUUUCA